AUUUACCGUCUUCUUCCUCAAAAAGCAAUAAUGCAAAUCAAAGAUAAAAUCGUAAUUAUAACUGGCGGUGCGAACGGUAUUGGUGCUACUUUAGCUCGGCGACUCAUUCUAGAAGGUGCUCAAUUAGUUAUUGGCGACAUUGACAAAAAAUCUGGCCAAGAGCUCGUAGCUGAAUUUAAUCAAAACAAUAAAAUUAAUGCGAUCUUUGUCUUUUGUGAUGUAACAAAUUCCGAACAUCUACAUCAAUUGUUCGAUACUGCACAAAAUACAUUUGGUGGCAUUGUAUGUAAUAACGCUGGGAUUGGGCAAUCUGGUGAAUUUUAUGACCAAACUGAUAGCUGGAUGAAGACUGUCGAUAUCAAUUUAAACGCUGUAAUCAAAUGUACACAAUUGGGAAUUCAAUUUUUGAAAAAACGUGGUGGUGGUGUUAUCAUAAAUACAGCUUCGCUUGCUGGAUUUUAUCCAUUGAAGUCAAUGCCAGUAUAUACUUCUACAAAAUAUGCUGUCGUUGGUUUUACACAAUCACUACGCGAACUAAACGAUACUGAUAAAAUUCGCGUAAAUGCUAUUGCUCCUGGAUUUGUGGAUACACAUUUGUUGCAAGGAUUGAUAAAAUCAAUUCCCACAAUUACACAAUCGAUUGAUAAUCUUGGAUUUGUUCCUGUUGAUGAAGUGAUUGAUGCUUUUAUAAAGAUUAUUCAAGAUGAUAAACUUGUGGGUGAUACUGUCAUGAUUUCAAAAAAAGGUCAUUCACAAAUUAUUUCACCAAAUCCACUCAUAGUAACGAAUACAAAUUGA